CCUGUCAGGCCGUUUAUACUUCCUCACAACUUCCCGGGUCUUCCUUGGACCCAGCCGUCACCAUUUCCACCCCGAUUCGCAUUCAGUCGAUACUUUCCCCUCCUGAUCGUACAGACACAGAUGAGAGCUCGAAUACAACACAUUAUCAAGCUGUUCCGCAGAGGAAGUUCGAAGAGAGUUUCUCCCCCGCCGAUACCUCCCUUAAUCCUGCAAGUCCACCAGUAGCGCCUAAUCGACAGCUUCUGAAUACCGAAACGUCACGAAUAGAGGUUAUUGGAGGUGUGGCCGCCCGGGGUUUGGGGGAUGACGAAGCAAAGGCGAUGGUAGCAGUUAAUCUAGAGGGGAAGAAGCCCCCCAAGAUGCGUCCACCGAUGCGGUCGAGCAUCGCCUGCACACGAUGCCGGAAGAGCAAAAUAAAGUGCGAGAACACUGGUGGUACCAGUCCUUGCGAUAGUUGCAUUAAGACCGGAAAGGAGUGCAUCUUCAAGUUACCAGAUCCCGUUGCUCCCAAGAGAACCGACCCGCCUACAGGAGUUAAGCAAGAACGAGAUGGUGGGUCGGACAGAAAGAAGCUAAAGAAAAUAGAUGACAUAUCCAAAGUAAAUAACCAGCAAGCGAGCGUUUACGCCGAGGAAGUGCUCUCCGCACCUUUCUUGACGGAAGAUUUAUGGGAGCAAGUGCUAGAUCUGUAUAAGUUGCAUUUUGCGCCAGAAUUGCCUUUCUUACACUUACCGACGAUGAAAGAGAAGUUAGGUCGGAAGUUCAGGGCCUCCCAGUCAGAUGGUAACUCGGAAUUAAAUCUAGUGUUGUUGGGGGUCCUCACUCUUACCGCACGCUUUCAUCCGGAUCUCGUUAAAUAUCUCGCCCAUAUAUGCAAUAACCAACCUGGGAAUGCUAGGACCCGUCCCGUUCAGACGCAGCUUGACCCCGCUGCCGCGUCUGAGUAUUAUGCCGAUGUUCUCACCAUGGCCUUAGGUCCAAUACGAACCGCGAUGAAAGUUGCGACGGUUGAGAGGGUGGCAGCUUUUCUCAUGCUAGGGUUAUAUGAAUGGAGCCAAAUUCGGCCCAGUACUGGUGGACUUGGCGCUUGGAUGUACGUUGGCAACGCUGUCAGGAUGGCGCAAUAUCUAGGGCUCGGGUAUAGCGACAUCCCUGAUUCCCCAGACCCUUAUGGUAAAACUGGAGAGCCGCAGCAAAGGGAUUCUUCCAACCAAUCUCAACUCGCCCUAGAAAAAGAAAUCAGGAGGCGGACUAUGUUUAGCUGCUUUAUCUUAGACCGCAUGCUCUCUUGCGGCAAAGGGCGAGUCGCUAUUAUACACUCAGAUGACAUCCAAAUUCAGCUUCCUUGCUCAGAAGAUAAGUUCGAUUUGGCGAUGGAGGUGCACACGGGUUUCCUGAAAGAUAAAGGGCGCCAUGGUAUGGACGACAGCGUGCUGAGCAGAUUUAUUCAGCUAGUAGAUAUAUGGGGGGAUAUCUCGAAAUUUAGCUCCACAGGUGGUCGCCUCAAUAGGAAAGAUAGAGAACGUCCGCCAUGGACGAAGGAGAGCACUUUCUAUCAACUAUCACAGAGGCUUGCGGAGUUCGACGCGGAACUUCCCGACACCUUCACAUUUUCGCGAUCCAACUACUUUAAGCACGAGAAUCAUCAAGCCUCCAGCGUGUACGUCUUAUUACAUAUGCUGAGAUGUCUUUGCUUGAUCAUGUUGCAUCGGGAGUACAUACCUUUCGUGCCCGUUCGUUGCCCGCAACCCGAAGGACCACUCGAUAACCCAACGUUUCCCGAGGACAAAUUCGGCCCGCCUCCCGAGGGAUUUUGGAUAACAAGUGCAGAACAGGUAUUCAAAGCAGCUCGAGGGAUUGUGGAUUUAAUCGAAAUAUGUCAAAGGAAAGACAAAUUGCCACAAUCAACUAUCGUUCUCUUCGCGAUUUGGACAGCAGGGUUCGUAGGGCUGUAUGGCAAACACUUUCCUCAAAUGGACACUGAGAGACACAUGCUGGGCUACGAAUUUGAGGAUACUCGGCAACCCGAGUCUGUUCCCGAGGUAUUCAGGCGUGGGUCGGUAGCUUUUACGUUCGCAACACUCCACAAGAUGUCUAUGUGGCUUAAAAUGGCCGUCACCUACGUGGGACUCCUACGGCAGAUGGAUAAGUACUUCGAAAAUAUUAAGCUGGAUUAUUACCGGCAUAUCACGAAGAACGGCGGGUUUGAUGAAACAACACAUCAAGUACGCAAAGGCGGUCGUGGUGCCGGGCUUGAAGAAUAUAAGCCUCUGGUUGGUUCUCUUAAAGACUUUGGAUUCGUACAACGGGCAAACAAUGAACAUGAUCUUCCAAAUGGCCCAGACCGGGUAUCACCAACUUCAGCGGAUCGAACGGUGCCAGGAGGAGCUGAGACUAAUAACACAUCCUCGGCCACGAAGCCGCCGAAGUCUACGCAAUCAGGAUCUUUCACUGCGAUCAACCAUGCCCACACCCCUACCCCUAUACUGCCAGCGCCGGAACCAGGGCAUCCAUUUAACAACGAAGCAAGAUAUCCGACUCCUCAUCCCGAACAAGUGUAUGCCGAUCCUUGGCGGCAUCAUAACAACGCACAUCAGCAUCAGCAGCAACAACAUCAACAGCCGCCACUGCCAAUAUCUCAGGGCUAUCCUACUUCUGAAGCAAUGCUCGAAACUACCGCCAUCGCCGCCGAAGCUCACGAUAGGGCUUUCUGGGAUUCUUUCAAAAAGGAAGAGCCUCGCCGAAUCGGGACGAUAGGAGAUCUCGGAUACUUCUCGAGUGGGGACUCCCAACUUGCUGUAGCUGAUAUGCCAUUCGCGGACUCAACCUACAUCCCAGCCUUGGCAGAUUCAUCUUAUCAAUACCUGCAAGUAGCUGAAUACUAAGCUUCUUAUAUACCACACAUCUGGGGCGGAGCAAGAGUGGAACUGUCAGCGAAGCAAAUCGUACCACGCACACACAUACACACAAAUGCCUUGAGCCAGGGCGGUCUUUUAGGAAAUUAGCGAAGGGAAAAGAGAGGCACAGGAAUUGGUUUCACAACUAAGGCGUUAAAACGGGUGUUGGCUCAAUUGUUAUCAUGUUAAAGCAUCAUACCCACCUACCUUAUUUUUGUAUAAGAUUAUUAUAUCAUAUAUCAUCGAGGUUUGGGACUGGGGGGUUAGUCUCUAAUGGUUAUUCUGAUGGAUGAGUGGUUGGUUGGUUGGUUGGUUAUUGUCGUCAUGUUCAUUUUUUGUGGUUGUUGUUUUUUCUUUUACCAACUCUUCAGAUAUCCCAAUGGCAGUAAAGAAAGUAGGUACCAGGCAAGUAGGCAGGCGGUACUGUUGCGGAAUGUAGUUGUCGGGCCAGGCUAGGCUUAUGGGGUUGCGUGUGAAUGUCGAAAAUAUACCGAUAUUUGUUGAUAUGACGAAUUUCUGCUUGUUCUAUGCUUUUUGAUAGGGUGUGUUGGGUCGUGAAGGUGAGGCUAGGUGAAUCAUGGAU